GAGUUACCGUUCUUUGUAGGCAUAGUCUAUAAAUAGGUAAGAACAUUAUUAGACGCCAUCUUGACAACAAAAUUUCCGUAAACAGGGCACACGAAAAUGACGAUUUACAAAGUUAACAAUCAGGAAAAGAAUGAGAAGAAGGAUAUUCUAGAACAGAAACUCCUUGCAGCUGUUGUGGCUGACUCUGAAGCUCCGGACACACAAGUGGAGGUAGAUGUAGCCCCUCCUCCCAGACAUCGCUCCAAGGCCUGGCUUAACCUCUUCUUGAUUUUGGUGGCCAUUCUUGUCCUGGCGGCAGGAAUUACAGGCGGAGUUCUGCUGUACAGGAGGCUGUCCCACAGGAAAAACGUUUCAUAUGAUAAUGGGAUAAUUCGUGGACAGUGUGGUUUCCGGGCUGAUUUGCAGUAUGAGUACCAACCCCUAUCCCAGGGAGAACAGGAAGAGAAUGGCAUCACAAAAGACAACCCAAAAGAAGACCCUUAUUUCAACGCCAACUUACAAACUAACCAACAGUGGAGUGAGGGCAAAACAGAGAGACCACCAAUGAGGAGGCCACACAAGCACCACAAACACCACAAGCACCCCCACGUGGUCAGACCCUACGAUCUCUCCGAGGAUGUCCAAGUCAUUGAUGAUCAGAUUGAGAGAAUUCACAUGCCAAGUUUCAAGGAUUUCCGUGACACCAUGAUUCUUCACGACUUCCAGAAGAAUUUCACAGCCAUUGUGGAUUAUGACAAGAGGUCUUGCUAUGUGAUGAAGCUUGACAGAAUGAAAGUAACUCCCCCCAAAGACUGGAUUGAUCUCAUUCAGAAGUUUGCUACUGGCUACUACAUGCCUAGAGCUGAUAUCCUCAAAAAACAGUACCGUGUGACCUUGCCAGCUCUCAAGGACAUUUCCUUCCUGGGACGUUACAUUGAGAAGGAAUGCAUCUACUUCAGCACAUACAACAUGGAGAAAGUUGUUGGAAAUCAUUUCAUUGCCAAGCGAGCGGCUGGGGACUCCCACAGUUACUAUGGUUACUAUGAGCCACGCAGCAACAGUUUCGUCAGGAUGGAGCUGUUUAAAUAAGUGGACUUAAAGGAUAGUGUUGAUGAGUGUGGGAAAGAUCUGUGUGUGUAGACUAUUAUUUCAUGUAAGAGAAGGGGAACAGUUUGGAUCGCUUGAUGACCAUCGUGUUUCCUGAGAUUCAAAUACCACCAGGUUUCUACAAAGAAACUCUUGUGUACAUAUUAUACAACGCUCCAUAGCAUUCAUCUGUAUGAUUUCAACAUGUUUACGAAGGCUCUUUGGUCAUUACCAAGAUUAGACCAUUUCUGUUAAUCUCCCCAUAAAGAAGAGUAUAUUUGGAAGCAUAUACUUUCAGAACUUCAAAUGGAUAGGACAAACGUUUCAAAAUAAGUGGUGUGAAACACUGCUGUAAUGACUUCAGAGCUUUCAGUUAGUGCAAAUUUAUUUCAGUUCUUACACAGAUUAUAAAAAUAGGCGUCUGUGACAUCUAGUUUUUUUGUUGGUUUUUUUAUUGUUUCAUUCAUAUGUAUGUUGUAUUGACUUGGUGUGAUUUUCCAGCAUUAAAAUGCAUAUUGACUGGGAUGUCAUAAGCCCAAACUUCGUCCAUGAAAGUUUGACACUACAAGUGGAAUAAGGACAGAUUUAAUCAGAUGAUGUACAGUAGUUUGACAUUUUAAGUUUGUAGUCAGUUGUCAUUGUUUAUUCUUUCAUAUUGUCUCCUCUCUAUCCCCCUCUAUCCCUACUCCCCCUUCUUUCUCUAUCCCCCUCCCCCUUCCAUCCCCCCUUCCAAAAUUAAGGAAAUGAUAAAUGGCAAUUGUGACAGGUCAGUGAAGCACUUAUUUUUUUUUUUUAAUAAGUAAUCGAUACUGAUGUUGUUUCUUUUUUCCUUUUACUUUAUGUGUUUGAAAUUCUCAGGCAAGAACAGUCUAAUAUAAUGUAGCAAACGAAGUAGGCUAUCAAAAGAUCUAAUUUUGAUUUAUACAUUGAAGCAGAUAAAUGUUAUACUUUAAUGUUGUUUUGUUAUUGAGUUAAUUGUUCAGCUAGAAUGAUGUCCAUUAUUCAUUUGGAACUAAUUUUAAAAAGAAUCGCACUACUAAAUGUUAUUGUUAAAGUGUUAAUGUCAAAUUGCGACUUGGCAGGACUUUGUCCAAUGAUGUAAAUAUUGCUUUACAACUCUGCUACACACUUCAAAGACUGGGAAUGUUGAAUUCUCAACAAAAAUGAAAAUCAGAGAGAGAAAAAAAGUGACAUUGCUUUCUGUUUUAUUCUUCUUUUGUAAUUAUAUUCUUGAAAUAAAAUAGUUUUUUUUUUUCAAUGAGAGCAUUGAUAUUUUACAUCAGAUGUUAUUUUAGUGAUUAAUUCAUUUGAUCAAUUACAAUGUAAUGUUGAUUUCUUAAAAUUGAUUAGUUUGUUAUUGACUGCGUCAAUAUUGUUUGUCUUUAACUCACAUUUAAAUAAAAUGUAUCUUUGGAAUCAUUAAAACAUUUAUGUCAAAAAAUGAAGAAGAAAAA